AUGCGUGCGGGCAAGUGGGAGCGCGGCAAGCUGGUGGGCGUGAGCGUGGUGGACAAGACGCUCGCCAUCAUGGGCUUUGGCAAGGUCGGCAACGAGGUUGCGCGCCGCGCCAAGGGCCUGGGUCUGACCGUGAUCGCCCACGACCCCUACGCCAGCGAGGACAAGGCGCGCGCCCUGGGGGUGCAGCUCGUAUCCUUCGACGAGGCGCUGGCCAGGGUGGGUGCCUGGGGCACGGGCGACUUCUUCAGCCUGCACAUGCCCCUGACCCCCGGCACCAAGAAGAUGUUCAACGACGACGCCUUCGCCAAGAUCAAGAAGGGCGCGCGCAUCAUCAACGUGGCGCGCGGUGGCGUGAUCGACGACGAGGCGCUGGCGCGCGCACUGGACUCUGGGGCCGUGGCGGCGGCGGCGCUGGACGUGUUUGAGGAGGAGCCCCCGAAGUACGAGGGCCACCCCCUCAUCGGCAGGCCCAACGUCAUCACCACGCCCCACCUGGGCGCCUCCACCGCGGAGGCCCAGGAGGGCGUGUCCAUAGAGGUGGUGGAGGCAGUGGUGGAGGCGCUGCAGGGCAAGCUGAGCGCCAACGCCGUCAACGCCCCCAUGGUGGCCCCGGAGGUGCUGCGGGAGCUGGCGCCCUACGUCACACUGGCAGAGGGCCUCGGCAAGGCCGCCGUGCAGCUGGUGGCUGACCAGGGUUUGACCGACAUCAAGAUCACCUACAGCACCCCCCGCGGCGACGACCUGGACACGCGGCUGCUGCGGGCCAUGGUCAUCAAGGGCAUCCUGGAGGAGACCACCACCAGCAACGUCAACCUGGUGAACGCCGACCUGCUGGCCAAGUCGCGGGGCCUGCGCAUCGCAGAGGUCACAGUCCGCAGCGAGGGCGCGGACGUGCUGACGUCACUCAGCGUCAGCCUGGGCGCGGCCAAGUCCAAGUUCAGCGGCUCCCUGGACAAGGAGAGCCGCAUCUACAUCGAGGGCACCGUCAGGGCGGGGCGGCCCUACCUCACCAAGAUCGGCGGCUUUGACGUGGACCUUUCUGUUGAGGGCAGUGUGCUGCUGUGCCGCCAGCGCGACCAGCCGGGCAUUGUGGGCACCAUCGGCAUGCUGCUGGCUAAGGACAACAUCAACAUCAACUUCAUGACGGUGUCCCGCACGGCGCGUAAUGAGGAGGCGGUGAUGGCCAUCGGCGUUGACAACGACCCCUCCCCCGACACCCUGGCCGGCGUGGGCAUGAUCAAGGGCGUCCUCGAGUGGGCGCUCUUCAAGGAGCUCAACCUCGCGUGA